AGGAAGGAGGGGGGGUGGCGGUUCUCGUGCACGUUGAUGUUUUUAUGAAUUAGCCUAGCUAGCUGCAGACGGACCAUCAUCAUCACCUUCAUCAUCAUCUUCCUCCGGACAGCUCGGCUGCAAUCAGACAUGUCUGUGACCGAGAUGUUCAGUUACAUUCAGGGUUUCCUGAGCGCCGACCAGGACGUCAGAGAGGAUAUCCGUAAGGUGGUGCAGACGUUGGAGCAGACUGCCAGAGAAAUCCUGACCGUUCUCCAGAGCGUCCAUCAGCCGUCUGGGUUCAAAGAGAUUCCCAGUAAAUGUGCAAAGGCUCGGGAGCUGUUCUGCACCGUCAGGACUCAGAUCGGUGAGCUGAAAACAAAGUUUCCUGUGGAGCAGUAUUACAGGUUCCAUGAACACUGGCGGUUUGUCCUGCAGCGCUUGGCUUUCCUAGCAGCCUUCGUCGUUUACCUGGAGACUGAAACUCUGGUGGUUCGGGAGGAAGUGGCCAAGAUACUGGGCAUUGAGGUGGUGCGAGAGAAAGGCUUCCACCUGGAUGUAGAGGACUACCUGGCAGGUGUGCUCAUCAUGGCCAGUGAACUGUCACGGUUGGCGGUGAACAGCGUCACAGCAGGAGACUACACCCGACCGCUCCGCAUCUCCAACUUCAUCAACGAGCUGGACUCGGGCUUCCGCCUCCUCAACCUGAAGAACGACCCGCUGCGGAAACGCUACGACGGCCUCAAGUACGACGUGAAGAAGAUCGAGGAGGUGGUUUACGACCUGUCCAUCCGAGGGCUGGCCAAGGAGGCUGAGACUGGCGGGGACAAGUAGACCUCAGAGGCGGGAAUUGGCUGUGGGAGACCGAGGAGGGCGUGGAAGCUCUCUCCACGGCUGCUGCACCUUUAACCUCACAUGGAAGGCACGACCCAGGGAUGUACCUGAGGCCCCAGCAACUGAGGACGGACUGUGUGACUGUGUGUGUGACUGUGUGUGUGUGUGUGUGUGUGUGUGUGUGUGUGUGUGUGUGUGUGUGUGAGGUGCUUUAGAUGGAUGGCGGUCUGUCAGAAUGGCGGCGCAGACGGUGACGGACACCGUCGCUCAAGAUGGAAGGUUCAGUUUAUUGCUGGUUUCUGGAAAUCCGUGUUCUCAGCUUCAUCUUGUUUGUGUGUCUUUGUUUCACUGAGUUGGUUUUUGCAGCAGUCGACUUGUUUUUAUCAGAUUUAUGUUGUAGUGAUGUUAAAUUCACCUGAGAGGUCGGGCGGAUGUCAGGCGGGGGUCGCUCAGAGCGUUACAACCACGCUGAUCUUUUUUUGUGGCUGUUUAUUUGUUAAAGAAAAGAAAAAAAAGAAAGUGAAAUGUAUUUGUGUUCACCAGGUGACGACUGGUGGUUUUCUAAGGACUCUAUUGUUAAAAAAAAAAAAAAUGGAUGCAUCCAAACUGAUCCAAGAGUCUCAUUUAUGCACGAAAUAUUUGAUGCAACGAGCAAACAAUAAAAACUUAAUCUAUAGCUGCAACGAUUAAUCGAUUAGUUAAAUUAAACUGUUAAAUUCAUCUCCAGCUAACUGGAUAAAUUGGAUUUUCUUUGAGUUGUGGACAAAAUAAAACAUUCAUGAGCAACAUUUUCUGACAUUUAUAAACCGAAACACUAAUCAAUUAAUCGAGGAAACAAUCAACAGAUUAAUUGACAGCCCUGCUGGAAUCUUAAAGACAGUCACAAUCAACAAAUCCAUUUUACAACAUUCUGCAGAUUGUCAUAAUUCCUGAUUUGCCUGAAAAGAAGCCUUGAUUCAGAUUUUGAUCACCUGACCUGCACACACCUAAUCUUUUCUAAAUGAGAGUCUGGGAGAGGUCGAGCCAAAGAAAUGACAAAGAUGCACUUCACAUGAUGUAGAGUUCCUCUGUCAUUAGUUAGAUUCAGUUUUGACGGUGGCGAGGAGCCCUUACAGAACACAACAGUGCCAAUGAACAUGUCUGAUGAGACGUUUGAAUAUUUUGGUUGUGUGGAAAUCCGUCAGCAAACACAAACUA